AUGGACCUGUCCUACAGAUCCACCAUGUCCAUCUAUAAGAGUAUUCUGGAGCAGUUCAACCCCGCCCUGGAGAACCUGGUGUACCUGGGGAACAACUACCUGCGUGCCUUCCAUGCAUUGUCCAAAGCAGCUGAAGUGUAUUUUAAGGCGAUUGAGAAGAUUGGGGAGCAAGCACUGCAGAGCUCCACCUCACACGUGCUGGGUGAGAUUCUGAUGCAGAUGUCCGACACACAGAGACUCCUGAGCUCUGAUUUGGAAGUUGUGGCUCAGACCUUCCACGUGGAUCUGCUGCAGCACAUGGAGAAGAACACCAAAAUGGAUGUGCAGUUCAUCAGUGAAAGCCAGAAGCAGUAUGAGCUGGAAUACCAGCGCAGAGCCACCACCCUGGAUCAGUGCAUGGCAGAGCUGUGGAGGAUGGAGAGGGCCCGAGAUAAGAACGUCCGGGAAAUGAAGGAGAACGUGAUGAGACUGAGGCUGGAGAUGCAGGCAUUUGUCUCAGAGAGCCAGAGGGAGGCUGAGCUGGAGGAGAGGCGCCGGUACCGCUUCCUGGCCGAAAAGCACCAGCUGCUCUACAACACUCUGCUCCACUUCUACAGCAGGGCUCGGGGCAUGAUACAGACCAAGGCCCCCCAGUGGAAGGAGCAGCUGGAGGCCACCCGGAACCCCUCAAACAGCCACUCACAGAGUCUCCUCACAGCCUCCCAUGGCCAGGGGUAUCCAUCAGGCCGGCUCACCCCCACCCACCUGGAGAUGCCCCAGAGAUCCCUCGGGGACUUUGCUCCUCCCGUGACAAGGAAUAGAUCCAGCAUCUUCUCUCCAGAGCCUCCAGAAGUGAGACUGUCUCCCCAGCCAGAGCCCCCCAGGCGGCCGCUGCGAAGGACACCAUCAGCCAGUUUGCCCCCCGCCGGCCGUGCCUCCCGCUCGGGCUCCCCGGGCGAGGCGGGGG